UCCGAUGUCCGAUGGGCAUCUGCAAUGCUCCCGCAACCUUUCAGCGAGCCAUGAAUAUGGCUUUCCGGAACUUUGUGCGGAAGACACGGCUGGCCCAGAGCAUUAUCAAUUAUUGCGUGAUCGUGUACAUGGAUGAUAUUCUGGUGUAUUCAAGUUCCUACAAGGGGCACGUGCAGCACAUCGAGUGGACGCUGCACUCUUUGAGAGAUGCUGGUUUCAAGGUGGCGCUCGAGAAAUGUCAGUUCUUUCUCACCACCAUUUCAGUCCCGGGACACGUGGUGACGGACCAGGGACUCAGACCGGAACCGCAAAAGGUGGCAGUCGUGAGAGACGCACCUGUGCCCACGACUAUCACGCAAGUUCGCGCCUUUUUAGGCCUGGCCUCGUACUACCGAAGGUUUAUCAAGGGCUUCGCGGCUAUUGCGGGUCCCCUCACGAAUUUGCUGACAAAGGAUCAGCCGUUGAUCUGGACGCUAGAGUGUGACCAGGCGUUCUCGAAACUCAAGGCAACCCUUAUUUCGGCCCCGGUCCUUAUAAGACCGGAUACUGCGAAGCCUUUUGUCCUCAUCACGGACUGGCAGCCGGAGGCAAUCUCAGCGAUCUUGGCCCAGGUGGGACCUGACGGACUAGAAUGCGUGGUGGAAUACGCGUUUAAGUUGGUGCCUGCUUGCAAGCGCAAUUACGUCGCCCCGACAGGAGAAUUCUAUGCAGCUCUGUGGGGGAUCGACCACUUUCGAGCCUAUCUGUACGGGCGGAAGUUCACACUGGUUACCGAUCAUGAGCCACUAUUAGCCCUGAAGAAGUCUAAGGAUUACUCGGGCAUGAUCGGGAGAUGGGCGACAGUGCUACAUAGCAUGGACUUUGACAUGGGUCAUCGGAAGCACGAGAGGCACGUGAAUGCUGACGGGUUGACACGACUGCACCGACCCGAGAAGGUCCUCAAGAGCGAAGAAGUGAUUCCGUGGAACGAGCCGAAGGAGAAGAGCGGACUGAGAUACGGACAAGUGACGUGGGCACGGACCAGCGAGCAUCCUGCGUGCAUCGAAUACCUGGAGUUGUUAAUCAUCCAGGCUUGGAGAACGGACGUGGAAGGUGAUCUCCUCGGUUUUCUCUUCGGAUCGGUGCGGCCAGGCCAUCGCCAGCCUAUCGUUCAAGAACUCAUCGUCCCGCUCGUGCAAUUGGCUGACGAUCUCCCCCUCGACAUCGUUUCGCAAAGCGACGAUAGUCCCGCUCCGCACGUCAUCACACGGGUAUUAGUACCGUAUCUUCAGUGGACUGCUUACUUGGAGGAACCCGGGAGUGACAGCACCUUGCCAUCACGGCAGGAGUACUUGAAGCCGUACGGAAUCAUUGAUCGCGCCUUCUAUCCGAAGGAGCCUGAGGAGGUGCUUCAAGAAGAAGAAGAAGCCACCGAAGAAGAACGCGACGCUGACGAAGAAAUGUCGGAGGAGGGAAGCUAUAGAGAGUACAGCGAAGGAAAGCAGAGUGAGGAGGAGGAGCUAGAAGAAGAAGAAGGCGAAGAGGAGGAGGAGCUAGAAGAGGAGGAAGCCGGAUCGGAGUGGGAAGACUUGCCGAAAGAAGCGGCGCGCACGGGCACGGAAGCGGAAGAUCCCGAAGAAGCGCGAAGAAGGGAAGAGAUCGCCGUCGGGAAAAACCAGCUGGAGAUUGCCAGCGGGGCGAGCCUUUGCAUCAACGACGACCCAACCAGGGAUCCAGAGCCCCCCGAGCCCGAAGAUGGCGGAUCAGCAACCGCGGCUCCAAGCACAUCACGACGGAGACGGAGCCGAUCCCCCUCCCCCUCAACCCCACCCCGUCCCCCAGUUCGUCCACGUACCAACGCGGAGAAUCGGCCUUUGUCCCCGGUCAUUAUCCCGCCGCCCCCUUGAUUACCUCACCCUUUGCCAGAUCUCUACCCCCGUCACCUUCCCUCGCAACCCCUUUCCUCCAAAUACUUUCAAGCACUUUUACUCCACCCGUCUCGCCGUUACCGUCCAUCCCAGCGCCUCCCUUCAAGCCGCGAACCCCACGUUCUGUCUACACGUCCUCCUGUUCAGUGUCGCAUGGCAAAAGAGCAACACAGUAGAAGUCUACUGCGUAACCACCGGGACCAUCCCCGCGUGUCGCCAUCACGAGA